UUCCUGCAAUCCCUUUUCUAUGUGGACUCGCUGUUGUUUCCCACCAUGACCAUGACAUUUCUGUAAUGCAUCAUCAGAUGCAUUUGGGCUCACCAGACAAAUGAAAAAAGGGCCUUGGAGAAGCACGAAACUUGUUUUUCUGUUUUGGUUUGGGGUUUCCUUUGGUGCAUUUUGGCAGGGAUCUUAGUUUCCAAGAAGGGGAAAGGCAGAGAAGGCUGGAGAUAUGCUGAGGGCAAUGAACAAGAUCCACAAGGAUCACGGCACGGAGCAGCUGGUAUCUGAUUCGCCCUCAGAUUCUUGCUUCUCCUCUAAGGGCCUGAUGCAGACGGCCAGGAACACCUCGCUGUUUGGUGUUCCUGGCGUCUUCGUGGGGUUCAGCACAAAGGGGUUCUCAAAUUCUGAUGCAGUCAGGAGCCCCACGUCGCCUCUGGACUGCAAGGCUUUCUCCGGCCUAGGCAACUCCUUUCUUGGUUCUCCGAGAUCGGCAAGCCUCGAUGGGAAGCCCAGGUGUUGGGACUGCAACAGGGUGGGCCUGAGCCUGGUGGACGCCCUCAAGGACGAGGCCGAGCCUUGUGGGAAGUUCUUGGGACUCUCCGAGAGCAGGACCUCAGCCUUUGCUCCAGCUACGAGGAUUGACAUCUCGUGCCACAAAUCUCACCUCGCUGGCCUGAGAGAUGACUCCUCAAGCGCAGCUCCCAAAUCUUUACCGAAAGACUAUGUGAUCUCUUCGCAUACUCUCGGUGGAUCGGUAAGACCCCAGUUGGACAGAUCAAGGAUGUCGGCGCUACGAUCCAAAGUGGCUGAAUCGGAAUGUGGAGAGUUAGGAUUGCUGAGGUCUUAUUCAGCAGAUAUUAGUCGACCAUCAUCUCUGAAAACUGACUUUGUGUAUCGGAAUUCCAAGUCCAUUUCUGAUGUUUUUCCAUCAGAUUCAAACAGCUCGAUGGUGGAUUCUUUCCGGCUGGUCGAGAGGAGUGCCAGUUUUGACAAAUUUUCUGGCGAAACUAUUGGCUCAUCUUAUGGUGUAAUAACAUCCCUUUCUGCAAGUGAAAUCGAGCAAUCAGAGGACUACACUUGCAUUAUAUCUCAUGGCCCCAAUCCUAAAACAACUCACAUUUUUGGAGAUUGUAUUCUUGAAAGCCACAGCUUUCCAUCACUAGUUUUUGAGAAUAAAUGUAGAACAGAUGACUGCCAGUCAGCCUGGCUGUUGAAGCCAUCUGAGGAUUCACCGCCCUGCUCCACCGACGACUUCCUCAGAUCCUGUCUCUCUUGCAAGAAGAAGCUGGAAGUGGGAAAAGACAUCUACAUGUAUAAAGGUGAGAAAGCAUUCUGCAGCUGCGAUUGCCGUGACCGAGAAAUUUUGAUCGAAGAAGAGAUGGAAAAGCUCACAAUCGAUUCAUCCGGCACUCCUGGUUCAUCCUUCCAUGAGGAUAUGUUUACGGAUGGCAAGAUCAUGACCGCAUAGGCUGGAGGUUUGCCGGAGUGCCAACACGCACACAUGCAAUGCCUGCGAGCAUUGAGAUUGUGAUGGUAAACAGUCGGAUCAUCCAUCUACCUGGAACUGUCUAUGUGAAUCUGUAGUGGCCAUGGAUCAUCACCAUGUAUAUUCAGUUGUUUCCAUCAAAUUUCACUUGCGUGUUCAUGGUAAUGUCGGCAGGAACGAUCUGGCAAAUUGCCGACUCCUUUUUCUUAUUAUCAGCGAGUCGAGGCAGACUAUGGGUCCCCAUUUUUCCAUAGUUUUUAUGUAACCCAUCUGAACUUCAUAAAUAAUGAAAAUGCCUGAGCCAUGAUCUAUGUCAGUUGCAUUUUGAGGCUCUUUUGCUA